AUUGCCAUACCCUGCGCGUUCUCUCCACACAACCCUCAACGCCAGAGACAUCACAACUGCAGGACAAAGCGUCGUCGCAUCUCAACACUCACACUCGACUCGAACAUCCGCGGGCGUCUCCGAAAUCAGGAAGUUGCGGUACAUGUGCAGCCGCUCCCUUGAUGCUCUGCUCGCUUCCACCCUCAACCAAUGGCUGCAGAUGAUGCCCAACCUCCUCGCUCCCGCUCGAGCACCUGGCCACCACAGCAGCCUGUAGAUUUCGAGCAGGCCCAGCAGGGGGCGUCGUCUUCAUCCAAAAAACCUCCCUCCCGUCGCAAUCCAUGGGGCAAUCUGUCCUAUGCCGAGCUCAUCACGCAGGCUAUUCUCUCCUCGCCCGACAAGAGGCUCACUCUGGCGCAAGUCUACGAGUGGAUGGUAAAGAACGUGCCCUACUUUGCAGACAAAGCGGACUCGACCUCGUCGGCCGGUUGGAAGAACUCGAUCCGUCACAAUCUCUCGCUGCAUACGCGCUUCAUGCGCGUCACGAACGAAGGUCCGGGUAAGAGCUCCUGGUGGGUGAUCAACCCCGAUGCGAAGGCUGGUCGGCCUGCACGACGCAGGGCGAUGUCGACCGAUGCGACUUCGAGUGGUAAUAAAUCGGAAACGAAGCGGAGAGGGAGGCACAACCGCUCGGGCUCUAAAGGAGCAAUCGAUACUGCAACAGCUGCAGGAGCAGCCGGUAGCCCCGCCCCAAGUCCGGCCCCUUCCUCAACCAGGCUCUACACCUCAUUGAAAGCGGAUCCAGAUGCGACCUUCUCGCAGCACUGUCUCACUCCGUCGUCUCUCUGCGACUCGGAUUCGUCCACAUUUGGAGGUGGAUCGACGUCGCCUUACGAUGGGUUCUCAUCUCCUCUUGGCGAUGCUGCCCCCUUCUCGGGUCCACUGCCUGGGACUUCGGAGCAAUUUGGGACUGACUACUUCUAUGAUCAAGAUCAGUCUCUGUUUGCGUCGGAAAUUGCUACACUUGCUGACCCUCUGGCGUCUCUUUCUGUUUCGAAUCAUCAAGGAUUGCAUGGGGAGUUGGACCCGAAUGGGUCGUUUCCACCCAUUACGAUUGAUUCUGCGCCUAUCAAUCCGGCUCCUUCAACAUAUGUCGCACCCUUUCAACCAUCUCUGUCUCCGAUAUCUGGUACACCGUUUGCUACACCACACGGCACACCUCCGACUCUCAGGCAUCCAUUCAGAGCAUCACAAGGUGACGAUGCUCGUUGUAUGUUCACCAGGUCGGUGAGCACCGAACAGAUCUACCCACAACAUCAACUUCAAUCCAGCUGGAAGCAAUCCUUCGGGCACCAACCGUGCAUGAUGAGUACAGGCUCAUGGCAGCAUCUCAACCAACCGAAUAUUAAUAAUUACCCGAACCAACUUCCAUACAACCCACCGCCUUAUUACAGUCAGAGCUGGUCGCCAACUAUGGCAUCGUCUUGCAGGGGAUAUUCCGGGUCGUGUGUCACUCUAUCACCGAACGACUACCAUCCACUCAUGCCGACUUCUUACCAACAUGAACCGAUGAGACUAAGUCAUAACCUGUCGCCCAUGUUGUGCAGCAGUACUUCAUAUCCGAACACUUCGUAUCCGAACACCAGCUACAGGCUGAGUCAGUCUUCUAGUGAACACUAUUCUAGUAAUCUAGAUGCUCAUCAUCACCUUAGAGACGACCUCAAUGGCAUAGAUUUAGAAGAACUCAUUUGUGCUGAGCUGCCGCUUGAAACUGGACUUGCAUUUGACUUCGAUCAUUUUCGUGAAGACGGUCAAACACAACCAACCAUUAACGGCAGCAACUGGAGCCACGAACAUCAGUGGGUCCACUGAUUGUUUACUGUUAUUAAAAAUGUGACACUCGGUCAUCAAUUUUUGAACAGCCACAUUUAUAGACAGUAGGAGAGAUCAGCAUGCAUACUGAUGUUGAUACAGUAGACAGAUAUAUGGACAAGAAGCAGGAUUAUUAGUUUAUUUUUGUCACAUGCUUUGAUGAUUAACACACACACACACACACACACACACACACACACACACACACACACACACACACACACACACACACACACACACACACACACACACACACACACGCACCUAUGUAUACAUUGUGUGUCGACGGUGAUGAGUAGUGUAGCUACAGAAUUCAUUAAAUUUAAUGAUUUUUAGUAUAGAUGGAUUCUUCUAGAAACGUGAAUGUGUGAUCGUGAUUUACAAUGUACAGAAUCAUUCUUUCAA